AUGGUGCAUGUUGGCGCACAAUUGGAUGCGUCUGCACAAGUAAGGGUUCUUCGCAGCCUUUGUUCUCUUGAUCCUCGACUAGAAGAUCUUGGAAAGGUUAUACGAGACGAAUAUGCGGUAAUCCGAGAUCAUUACGAAACCCCAAAGUAUCCAGUGGUCCUUGCGCAUGGGCUUCUAGGUUUUGAUGAGUUGCGCCUUGCUGGCCCUCUCCUUCCUGGAGUUCAGUACUGGCGCGGAAUUAAGGAAGCUCUGACCCUGAAAGGAGUCAAAGUCAUCACUGCAACGGUGCCUCCUUCUGCGUCCAUUGAGAUGCGUGCGGAGGAACUGGUGAAGGAUAUAGAUGAGGGCGCCCAGGGGAAAGCUGUAAAUAUUAUUGCACAUAGUAUGAAGUUCAAGGUCUUGUCUUUGACAACGAUUGCGACUCCUCAUCGAGGUUCUGCGGUUGCAGAUUAUGUUCUUGAGCGGAUUGGCGACGAACGGCUACCCCAGUUAUAUUAUACUCUGGGAAAACUCAAGGUUGAAACUGGAGCCUUUUCUCAGUUGACGCGCAAGUACAUGGCAGAUACGUUCAAUCCAGCGACGCCUGACGUUGAGGAUGUUCGUUACUUCAGCUACGGCGCAGCGAUGCAACCAAGCUUUUGGUCUAUGUUCCGCUUGCCCCAUCGCGUUCUCCAAGAGGUGGAAGGAUAUAACGAUGGGCUAGUGAGCGUCGCUAGCAGCAAAUGGGGAAAAUACAAAGGUACCCUUGAAGGGGUCAGCCACCUGGACCUGAUCAACUGGACCAACAGGUUGAAGUGGCUUGCGGGCGAGGUAACUGGAAACAGGCAAAGGUUCAACGCCAUCGCUUUCUACCUUGACAUUGCAGAUAUGCUUGCUAAGGAGGGCCUUUGA